AGCUGCGGGCCCGCCACGGGCUGCGACUCUUCCAGCUGGAGCGCUCGUGCUGCUACGAGGCCCUGCUGCUGGAUGAGGAGCGCGGCCGCCUCUUCGUGGGCGCCAAGAACCACCUGCUGUCGCUGAGCCUGGACAACAUCAGCCAGCGGGACAGGAAGAUCUACUGGCCGGCUCCGGUGGAGUGGAGGGAGGAGUGCAACUGGGCCGGCAAGGACAUCACGGCCGAGUGCAUGAACUUCGUGAAGAUCCUGCACGCCUACAAUCGGACCCACCUGUACGCCUGCGGCACCGGUGCCUUCCACCCCACCUGCGCCUUUGUGGAGGUGGGGCAACACACCGAGGACCACGUCUUCAAGCUGGAUGCGCGGCGCGCUGAGGAUGGCAAGGGGAAGAGCCCCUACGACCCCCGGCACGCGGCCGCCUCCGUUCUCGUGGGCGAGGAGCUCUACUCGGGGGUGGCCACUGAUCUGAUGGGGCGCGACUUCACCAUCUUCCGCAGCAUGGGCCCGCGCCCGUCCGUCCGCACGGAGCAGCACGACUCCCGCUGGCUCAACGAGCCCAAGUUCGUGGAUGUUUUCUGGGUGCCGGAGAGCGAGAACCCCGACGACGACAAAAUCUACUUCUUCUUCCGCGAGACGGCGGUGGAGCGGCAGCAUGGGCUGGGCAAGGCCAGCGUCAGCCGCAUUGGCCAGAUCUGCAGGAACGACGUGGGCGGGCAGCGCAGCCUGGUGAACAAGUGGACGACGUUCCUCAAGGCGCGGCUGGUGUGCGCCGUGCCAGGCACCGACGGUGCUGACACGCACUUUGAUGAGCUCCGUGACGUCUUCCUGCUGCAGACGAGGGACAAGCGCAACCCCUUGGUCUACGCCGCCUUCUCCACCUCCAGCUCCAUCUUCCAGGGCUCGGCCGUCUGUGUCUACACCAUGGCCGACAUCCGCCGGGCGUUCCUGGGCCCCUUUGCGCACAAGGAAGGCCCCAACUACCAGUGGGUGCCGUACCAGGCGCGCGUGCCGUACCCCCGCCCGGGCAUGUGCCCCAGCAGAACCUUUGGCACCUUCAGCUCCACCAAGGACUUCCCGGAUGAGGUGAUCCAGUUCGCCCGGCACCACCCGCUGAUGUACAACCCGGUGCUGCCCCACGGCCAGCGGCCCCUCUUCCUGCAAGCCGGCGUGCCCCACACCUUCACCCGCAUCGCCGUCGACCGCGUGGCCGCUGCUGAUGGCCACUACGAUGUCCUCUUCAUCGGCACAGAUGUGGGCACUGUGCUGAAGGUGGUCUCGGCGCCGCAGCAGAGCUGGCACGGCAUGGAGCCGCUGCUGCUGGAGGAGCUGCAGGUCUUCCAGGAUGCGUCCCCCAUCACCAGCCUGCAGCUCUCCUCCAAGCGGCAACAGCUCUACGCCGGCUCGGCCGCCGCCGUGGCCCAGCUGCCCCUGCACCGCUGCGGCGCCUACGGCAAGGCGUGCGCCGAGUGCUGCCUGGCACGGGACCCGUACUGCGCCUGGGACGGCACCGCCUGCACCCGCUUCGUGCCCAGCACCAAGAGGCGCUCCCGCCGGCAGGACGUCCGCAACGGGGACCCCAACCUGCUGUGCUCCGAAGAGCCCCCGCGGGGCCGCGUGCCCCAGCGGCAGCUGUACGGGGUGGAGGGCAGCAGCGCUUUCCUGGAGUGCGUGCCCCGCUCCCUGCGCGCCCGCGUCGCGUGGACGUACCAGCGCGGCCCCGACGCUCCGCAGCGCGAGGUGCAGCCGGACGAGCGGGUGGUGAGGACGGAGCGGGGGCUGCUCCUGCGCAGCGUGCAGCGGCACGACGCCGGGCUCUACGUGUGCCGGGCCACCGAGCAGGGCUUCACGCAGCCCGUGCUGCGCCUGGCGCUGGGCGUCCUCGGCGCUGCCGCCCCCGGGGGCCGCGCUCCCUGGUACCGGGACUUCCUGCAGCUGCUCGAGCGGCCCGAGGCGGCCUGCGGGCGGCUGCGGCCCCCUCCUCCCG